AUCUACGAUCGAGUUUUUCACAGGGCCUCUCUAACCUCCUAAUCCAGGCCUACCCGACAUCGAUGAAAGACGAGAAACUAUCCUCAACCUCGCCGUCGCCAUCACCGUCACCGGCGGUGAAGCCUAAGAGCGAUGAUGGGGUUGGUCCGCUGAGCCCCGAAUCAGUCUCCGGAUCUAGCUCACAAGAUAGGUGGUCUACGGAAAAAGUGAAAGCUAUCAAGGAAGCUUGUCGAGCUGGUAAUCGGAAAACUGUUGUGGAGCUGGCAACAUCCAAAGAUGGCCUCAUAAGCGAUGGAAUUCGUAAGGAAGCAUGGCCCUUCCUGUUAGGAUAUGGGACUGUCCCCCACGGGAAAAGCGUGCCUCCCACAGAUAUACCUGAAGCAUGCCCAUCUUGGAAAACCCUUCCUCCUCACAGAGACGAGGAUCAAGUGAAGCUAGAUGUGGACCGAUCCUUCAUCUAUUACCCCACUAAUUUGUCACCUCGAGAGCUCAGGACUAGGAAAACCGAGCUUUUAGAUUUAAUUGUUAAAGUAUUGCGGCGACAUCCGAUGCUAUGUUAUUUCCAGGGGUUUCACGACAUCUGUCAGGUCCUAUUAUUGGUCCUUGGUCCAACUGAUGCUGUGGCCGCUGUUGAGCACAUAUCACUUUUGCGGAUACGGGACUUUAUGCUUCCUACAAUGUCGCCAACUUCAGACCACCUCCAACUUCUCCAUCCACUGCUAUAUUCUAUAGAUCCAAAACUUUUUCAUCAUAUAUCUCGGACCCAACCCUUUUUUGCCUUAGCCGCUACAUUGACCUUAUACGCUCAUGAAAUUCAAGAGUAUAACAAAAUAGCAAGAUUAUUUGACGUAUUUUUGGCUAUGGAUCCAGUAUUUCCACUUUAUCUGUUUGCUGAAAUUGUUCUGCGAAGAAGGGAUGAAUUGUUUGAGAUCCCCGAUGAUGAACCUGAAAUACUUCAUUCCAUACUCUCGAAACUUCCAAAGCCACUGGAUUUAGAUGAUCUCAUUUCUCGCGCAGUCAGUUUGCUCGAGCAACAACCCCCAGAAUCUUUGUCGACUUGGCAUAAGGUAUCUUCCCGAAGUGUUCUCAAAACUUCACGAAGCCUGGAUCAGAGUCCUCCAAGCUUGAGCCACGCCGAGAAAUUAUUUAACCAGCAAUGGCGUGAACUUGAGUGGGCUCGUAAGAGAAAGGUUAUGUUUAAAGCCAUUGCAAAGAAGGGUAGAAUUACCCUUCUCGGAUUGACCCUUCUCGUUGGGACCUCGGCGAUUGGGCUCGGAUUCUACCUACAAAAGAAGGGUACCCCUAUCGAUAGUAUCUCGGGGUCUAGUGUUUCUCCAUUACUCAGACGUCUCCUAGCAGGAUUCGGUAUUGGCACCGGGGGGUGCCACUUUUCCGUAGGGAAUUCUUGCGAAUCCUGAACAUUUCCCCCCCACUUUCCAUGUCUGAAUAGUGCCCGCUACCCCGGUCUAUCGCUGUGCCCGACACCUGCUCUGGAUUUUGGUGCAGACGGACGCGGGGAUAAGCGAGAAUGCGCAGGGAAGCUUUCCGCGGGUAUUUUUUGUUAAAAAAAAUCGCAACAAAAGUCCGUACUGUCCUUAAAGGCGUUCCGUUUUGCCUUGCCACAUAAUAUGCAUGUAUUAUACAAACCCCUGCUAACAGGACAACGAAAAGAUCACCUUUCCAUUAUUACGAUUUAAAACGCGAUCCGCCAUCUCUGUUAAUGUGUUACCAGAUCUGUUCAGAAAACUUUGCACCGUAGAAAGUGGUACCGAUAAAACCUGUAGUUCGAGCUCUUCAAUCUUCCUUCACUGAGGUUGUCACCUACCCGACUGCGUUGGGCUAUAAUCAACACGGCCCGCCACCCUCGAUCUACAACCAUCACUAGUAUUUGGCUGAUUGCAUGAGAAUACGCAUAAACCAGACUGAUAUGGAAGGACUGCUGGACAAGCGCAUCUUAGAUGUGAGACAACAGCCGCAGUGAUUCUGGAGUCUGGACCCAUUCUUCCAGUCCUCGAGUAGAGACUUCUGUCUCGCAAUUACUCGGGCAGUUCGGGGGCUUGGGUGACUAGCCAAAUUAUUCAUUGGCUUACCUUUGCCUUCAUUAGCCACUGGUCAAACGGGUGCCAAGACGGGCCGUGAUCCUCUUGUUGGUGGACAAACUUGUGUAUGAUAACUUACUGUAAAUUUAGUUCGUUGUUGGCAUGUAUUGUGGUUCGGUUUAUGGGAGAAUAGGACCUGCUCCAAUCCUUUGGAACCAUGAAAUGCAUCUUUGAGAUAUGAAGACCCGGCACCACCGGU